AUGGAGAAGAGCAACGAGAAUAGCAAAGACGUGGAACUGGCGCUUCCCACGCAGAAUGGGGACAAUUCUGUCGUCCAAGUCCUGGACUGGGACUUGCCGCAGGACCCGGAGAACCCUCAGAACUGGCCUCUGGGGAAGAAGAUAUAUCACACUCUCUGUGUUGCCGUGUAUGCUUUUACCAUAACAUACAUGUCCUCCGCCUACGCCCCCGGGGCAACACAGCUCGCAGAGCAACUAGGCGUCUCGGAGACAGUCUCUCUCCUCGGCGUAUCGCUCUUCUGCGUCGGGCUCUCUCUGGGCCCCGUCAUCGCGGCCCCGCUCAGCGAGACGUUUGGCCGACUGAUCAUCUACCGACUGUCUCUGCCGAUUUCGAUCCUGUUCAUUAUCGGGUCUGCCGUGGCGUCCGACAUGGCGAGUAUCGCCAUCUGCAGAUUCUUUGCCGGCGCUUUUGGCAGUCCUGCGCUGAGCGUGGGCGGAGGAACGAUGGCUGAUAUGUGGCCUCCGUCGCUGUAUGGGCCUACCACGGUGACGUUCCUCCUUGCACCGUUCCUGGGGCCGUCUCUCGCACCCGUUAUCGGAGGAUUCGUCGUCGAACGCAAAGGAUGGCGAUGGCUGGAGUGGGUGAGUGUGUUCAUCUCCGCAGCGACUUGUCUGGCAGCACUCGGCAUGCGCGAGACAUACAAGAAGGUCCUUCUGCAGCGACGAGCGAAGAAACGCGGCCAUGAUACUAGAUCCCACCACCGCAUCCACCCCGUCGCUGCCAUUCGCGCGUGGAUGCGAGACGCCAUGCUCCGCCCGCUGGCCAUGCUCGUCUCCGAGCCCAUCGUCCUGUUCUUCAGUCUGUACAUCGGGUUCGACUUUGCGGUGCUGUACGCCUUCUUCGCGUCCUUGCAGCUCGUCUUCAAGGAGACGUACGGCUUCGACAGCCACGAGACGGGCCUGGUCUUCCUGUCCCUUGCCGUCGGGGCCUCUCUGGCCACGGUGACCAGUCUGCUGAUGGACGGGCUCAUCUACCAAAAGAAACGCCGCCAGCUCGAAAAUCAGGGCUUGAAGAAGGUCCCACCGGAAUAUCGCCUCUACCCUGCGAUGAUCGGCAGCGUGGGGGUGGCCGGGGGCUUGUUCUGGUUUGCCUGGACGGCAAGGCCGGACAUACACUGGGCCAGUGCGGUGGUCGCGCUGGUUCCAUUCAACUGGGGGAAUUUGUGUAUUUUCUCCUCCGCAAUCAUAUACAUAGUCGACUGCUACGGACCCAAAUACGGCGCCUCAGCGCUCUCCGCCAACUCUUUUACGCGGUACAUCUUUGCAGCGGCAUUUCCUCUGUUCACGAUUCAAAGUGAGUGA